UAAAGUUGAUUGCUGAUGAACAGAAAUGGUUUUGUCUUGUGUAGUAGUUAUAAAUGUAACAGAAAAUAGCAGCUAUUCCUGCUAUUUAGAACAACUCUUAUUUUCCAGGCAGUGUUACUAGGUAAUGUACUCAAAACUAUUUUCUGGCCAUUAAUAAUAUGCUAAUUUGUUUAUGGUGAAAUUAGAGGUUAUAAUUCUUCUCUACAGGUACUGAAGCAUAGAGAUGUUUUGGGCCCUUAGUUUUUUGGGAAUAAAUACAGUUUUUACCAGUUUGUGGGGAUUGUUUGAACAAAUCUACAAUAUCUUGUCCGAAUUGUAUGGGAAGAGUAUAAAAGAACCAGGAAUUAAAUUUGGAAAACUUGCUCCUAGGUUGGGGUCUAUCACCCACCUGCAGCAAUAAUUUCUUUUUGGUUUAUACUGUAAAGCAGUUACAAUGUAAAAUACUACAAAUUGCAGCUUUGACAGUUUCUAGAAUAUACCAUUGCAGAUUGAGAAACAUGUGCCUUGCUAUCUUUAGAAUUAAAGAGAUGUUUACCAUAUUAUAUUUACUAGUAAUACAGAUUUGUAGGGUGAUAAACAAUGGCUUUAUGUUGUGAUUCUUAGGAAACCUGUGGAGAAAACAACCAACCAACCCAACCAGUCUUUGUGUCAUUCCUGAGUGUAGAGUUGAUUAGAAAUUUUUGGCUGAAGACUGAUUCAGUGAGUGUAGUAUACAGAGUUUGUGUUCUAGUGACAGAAGCCUAGCACCCACUCCAAAUAUGACUGCACUUAGUUAGAAAAGGCAGAGUUGUAUAAAAACCUGGGCAUCUUUGCUAAAGAGAAGCUAAAAGGAAGAGCUAACAGAAUAAAAUCUGAACAUCCUUAUCUGCUGCAAAGAACAAACAUGCAACUGUGAGGAAAAGACUUGAGAUGUACCAAGGGAUGGGCCAAUAUAACUCAGUAAGUGGGGAAGAUAAUGCACAUAAGAAAUCAUCCUUUCAAAUAUGGAAGUCUGACUGACACAAAUGUGCCAGUUUAGAUUUGUAAGCACAGUAAAUCAAAUCCAAUAAGAGGUCUGAAGAAUAACUAGUUUAAGGUCUAGAAAUGAAUAGUAGUGGUUUUAAAUACAUUAGGAGAAAUACAUUUGCAUAAAUGCAUUGGAAGCAUAAUAGUUGCCAGAGAAUUCAUAGACUGGAGAUAUCUAAGCUAUAUGAUAGAGUGUUGAAGUAAAAAUAAUGCUAUAGCGGAAAGCACAGUUUUCCUCUCUGCAUAUCUUCUCAUUGUGGAAGAGUUUGGGAAAGAAACUGAAGAAAAUGGCUGGUGACUUAUUUUGAGAUCCAGAGUAAUCUUCUGCUGGAACCUUGAGCAUUUGUCUUCAGUACACUAAAGGAUGUGUUUAUAUGAACUACCUAGUUCAGUUUAGUUUAUAAGUGAAGAGGCCCUUUCUGAAAGGGAAGACAUACCCCUCAAAGUUAGUGGGGCAAGUAUGUGGACCUGAGCAGUUGGGCUGUCAUGCCUUGACUUUUCAGAAGCCAUGCGAGCAGCUCAGGUUUGUAAAGGAGCUAUGUUGCCGGCUGGUAAAGAUUCUGACCUUUUUCAGCACGUACAUUUUUAUGUGCUGUAAAAUAAUAAUAGAGUCUUGAUUUCACACCAGUGAAUGCCAUGUAAAUGAAGUAAAAUAGCUGACAUGGAGAACAGAAAUAAAUGAUUGCGAAUCACCAGUCAAGUCCCACAAAGGCAUGUGCAGCUUAAUGUAUUACUAAUGCUUUGAGAGAAAGAAUGAUUGGUGAAAUGCUAUCAACAAUGUUUAAAUGUAUUAUUCAGCUUAACAAAGAUGAAGAAUGACUGAAAGCUUGCAGGCAGACUAGGCAAUGGAGUUUCCGUAGAAGUUCAAUAGGUGAAUAGAAAACAAUGCAGAAGAAAAAAAUUAUGGUCUCUUUGCUAACUAUUGCAAGCAGGGUUGCAGAUUAGUAGGUGUAUAGCUCAGUAAAUACAUCAACUUAAUGUUCAGUGUUAGUGAAACUAAAUUAAAAGUAAGGAAUUAUCCUGAAAGUUAGAGAACAAAUGAUCACUAAACCGCUGUGUAAGUUCAUAGUGUGCGUUAUGCUUUGCUCUGAAUUACGAAAAAGCAUGUCACAAAAAUGAAAAAUAUUUGUGAGGGAAGACCCCAGGUGAUUAUGCACUGUAAAACUAGUUUCAUUUCCUAACAGUUUUGGAGCAUGAACUUAGUGAUGUGGCAUAAAAUAAUAAAGCCUUGAUUCUGUGCUGAUGAAUGCAUUCUUAAAUGUUUGUAACAACUUAGUCUCUGUUUAAAUUCCACCCAUUUUUAAACAGAAUUAGUUGAGGUUUUGUAAAACCUCACCUACACCUAAGUAUAAGUUUUAACACUUAUCAAUAUCCAUCUAAAGUGAAAUCUGUACAAUAACAUUCCAAGAUGAAGGUUCUUGUUCCUCCCACUGAUGAGCAAAUUCUCUUGCUGUGGGGUUGUGCACAAGGAUUUAGACAAAUAAGGGGUAUGACCUCUCUAUUGCUUGCAUUUAGUUUUAAUAUAUUUUCCCUCACUGUACUCAGUUAAUUCUGUUAAUAACCUUCUAGAUGGUUUUGAGACUGUGGCAGGAAGUUCAUCUAUGUUAUGGCAAAGAUAGCAUAGAUGCAUUAAGUAAUCUGAAAAAAAAGUGAUAAAAUAUUUAAUAUGGACUCAUUGAAUCAUUUAGGUUUUAACCCAGCACUGCCUAGUCGAUCACUCAACCAUGUCCCUAAGUGCCACAUUUACAUGUCUUUUAAAUAUUUCCAGUGGUGGUGACUCAACCAUUUCACUGGGCAGCCUGUUCUUAUGCUUGACAACCCUUUACAGGAAGAAAUUUUUCCCUGUUACCCAAUCUAACCUUCCUCUGUUGCAACUUGAGGCCAUUUUUUCUAGUUUGGUUACUUGGGAUAAGAGACUAACCCCCACCUCACAAUGACCUCCUUUCAAGUAGUUGUAGAGAGGACUAAGGUCUCCCCCUCAUCUACUUUUCUCCAAAUGACCCCAGCUCCUUCUGCUCCUCCUGAGAGUUGUGUUCCAUAUCCAUUACCAACUUCAUUGCUCUUUUCUGGAUAUGCUCCAGCACUUCCAUGUCUUUCUUGUACUGUGGGACCCAAAACUGAAUACAGUAACCUUACAACAUCUUUGUAGUCCUCCUGAACUGCCAGCCCUUUCUUCCAAGGGUCACAUUUGGUCAUAUCCAAAUCUGCCUGUUCAACCAGAUAUUCUCUGCCAUCUUACCUUUUUAUCAUAUACCAUUUACCUUCAGUUUUCUUAAGAAGACGAAUAAAUUUUUUGUACAAAGUUGGUUUUGGUAUUUGUACUACCAUAUAUGAAGCAAAAAUUUUCCUAUUAAUCUAGGCUGUUUUCGUUAAUGCGGAUAUCAUUAUGCUGCAGUCUGGAAAAGGAAAGAUCCUACUGCAGAUGCAGUAGCAGAACUGUAGUCCAGUCAUUGAAGGAAUUAGAUAGAGUACUUGAAAAGCAUCAGAGAAACUGAUUUUUUAGAUAGUACAGUACCAUCUGUUUCUCAAAUGUAAAAAAGAUUAUGAUGAAACCUCUGUAACUGAAUUACAUUUUCAAAUGGUUGAAAAUAUAAUUAAAUACUCACUGCUUAAUAAGUAACUGAGAGAGGGAUAAAUUUCCCUAACAUCCUUUUCAAAAUCCCUGUGGUAGAACCAUUUAAUAAUGAAAAAGAAAUCUCUGAAAGAAUGAACAAAACAAGAAAGAUAUGUACAAAAAGUCCAAUUGUAUUUUAAAAAAUUGCUUUAAAUUAUACUGUAGUCUUUGCUCUCCUGUAAAAUGCUGGAUAGACUUAGUUUAUGUAGAAGUCAAUUUAUUAUGCUUAAAAAUGUGAGAUUUGAAGACUUAUUUUAGCAAGUGUAAUCAUAGGUGUCAUUAUAUCAAGUUCAUUGAUCAAAGUUAUAAUUUGCAAACACUCUAAUUUUCUGUUCCUUUCCUAAAGUGAGGGGUAUGUGUUAAAGGAUCCCUUUGAAUGGUUUCUUUAAUAUAUAAAACUGAGUGCUUUCUUGGUACUUUUUAUUUGGCUGGAUCAUUAGUAACCCACGUGUGCACUCUGAUUGCUUUUUUUGCAUUACAAGUCAUAUAUAUCGUUUACAUGAAUAUGUAGAAACCUAAUGUCUUUCAGUAUUCUCAUUUCCCUUGUGAAAGCACUGGGAUUGUUCAUUUGAUUUAAAAGGAUUGGGGGCAGGCAGUGAUGGCUGCCGUAUAUAGGCGUAUAAUUUCCUCCUUUUGUUUUGGAAAUAAUUUUUCACCUUCACCACCCAUUCGAAUGAAAGAAAGCUUUUGCUUUUCAUGAAAGAGAGUCCUAAUACCAGUUCCUGAGUCGUAUUUUAAGAUUAAACUUUCUGGUUUUUGCCAGAUACAUCUCUUUGUUUUUAGCCCAAGGCAUCAGAACUAAAAUUUUAUUUAAGUGUGCCAGCUGUUAGCUGUUUUGUUGGAAUGUUAAAUGUACUUUAAGGUCACGUUAUGCUGAACUAAUAGCCUUAACCUGCUUUCAAUUUUGGUGUGGUUUUUUGGUUUUUUUUGGGUUUUUUUAAAUAUAAACAUUCUGCAGUGUGAAUUUAUCUCCAAUGCUAGCUAGGCUUAGAACUGGUCUAUAUUUUUUGAUGCUUUUAAUUUUAGGCCUAGAACGCUGUUAAAACUUGUCCUCCAAGUCUUUCAUUCUCUCCUGCCUGUUUUCUACAAUGCCAACCCUUGAACUUUUCAUGAAUUUUUGUUCUAUGCUUAAAUUCUGCGUAUGUCCAUAUAUCCAAAUUGUGUGAAAAAUACAUAAAUGCAAGACCUUUUUUCCUAGAGGGUAGAAAAGAAAGGUAGGCCUUCUGUCCCAAAGGAUGUUUACUUCUCUUGAGGUGGGUUUUUAAUUUUGAAAGUGUCCCUUAUCUCAAUUUUUGCAGUGGUGCAAGUGGUGAGAAUUACAUGUUGUCCUGCUGGUAUGAUUUUCCUAGCCAGGUGAAUGAAUUAAGGUUAACUUUUCUCCUUUUAUAAGGUCAUUUAGUAGUAUUUAAACCAGAAGCAUGAGAUAGUUGUUACUCUGUACCAAUUAAAAUUUAUUUGUGAAAGGUCUUUAUUAAAUAAGUUCUGGUCCUUCUAUACCUAAAUUCUAAAGAAAGAGCUUUGCUGAUUAUGUAUACAUCUGUGAUCACCAUAGCAUGUUAACUUUUAGGUGUCUUGGUUCCAGCUGGGAUAGAGGGAGUUUUUUUUUCUUAGUAGCUGAUCAGUGCCAUGUGUUUGGGCUCACUGUGACAAUAAUGUUUAUAAUGAUUUGUUACUUCUUGCUGAGUGGUGCUUGCCCCAAGUCAAGGACUUUUCAGUCCUUGCUCUACAGGUACACAAGAAGUGAGGGAGCAUGGCCAGGACAGCCAAAGGGAUAUUCCACACCAGAGAACAACAUCCUCAGUUUAUAAACUGGUGGGAGUUGGCUGGGAGCCACCAGUUGCCACUUGGGGAUGGGCUGGGAAUUGAUCGGUGAGAGAUGAGCUGGAGGAAGAUGAGGAAGAAGCUGACAUGGAACUAGAGCGACAAAAUAUCGAAGAGCUUUAUGACUUUGUAAGGCACACCCAUCAGCAGGAUAUCCAAUUACUGAGAAAGGAUGUGCAGCAUCCUGCAUUAAUUCCCAUUCUGAGGCCAUACCAAAGUGAGGCUGUGAACUGGAUGCUUCACCGAGAGAACCACGCAAGCACUCCUAGUAGUGAAAACGCGCUGCACUUCUUAUGGCGGGAGGUGAUCACUCUGGAAGGAGUAAAAAUCUACUAUAAUCCAUUUACUGGCUGUAUUAUCCGUGAAUAUCCAACUGCUGGACCCCAGUGGCCUGGAGGUAUUUUGGCAGAUGAGAUGGGUCUUGGAAAAACAGUGGAAGUGUUGGCUCUUAUUCUGAAUCAUACAGGACCAGACAUUAAACAGGAUGAUAUGACAUUACCUGAGGGUAAACUUGUGAAUUUCUUUGUUCCACCUCAACCUUUAGAGGGAAAUAAAAAGAAAAAAACAAAGGAAAUGGAGCCUAAAUUAAAGGAAAAAAUACAAUAUCCCAGCUUACGAGUAAUGAUAUUAGCAGCUGUAAAGGAAAUGAACGUGAAGAAAGGAGCAUCCAUUAUUGCAAUAUUUAAGUACAUCAGUUCUAUAUAUAGGUACGACACACAGAGAAAUAGACGACUUCUCAAAAGAACUCUAGAAAAACUAAUUGCAGAACAGGUGGUAGAGCAAGUUAAAGGACAUGGUCUGGCUGGGUCUUUCAAGCUGGGAAAGAAUUACAAGGAACAGAAGAAGCGAGAAAGAACCAAAGAGCAGGUAGCAAGGACUUCAGAAAACACUCAGAAGAAACAAUUGAUUGAUGCUAAAACUCAAACCAAAGAAUCAAGAAACAGUGACAUAACAUCGGAAGAAGUUUUUAAAACUGCUUCACAUGAGAAUAUCGCCAUGGAAGAACAUGAUUAUUGUACAACUAGUAAAAAUAACAGGGAAUCUGAAGUGGAUCAUGAGAACUCUGUAGAAGAGAAAGAUGUUAAGCAAGAACUCCUUGUCUCCAGUGACGUGAGCAGUCAUCUUGCUGUUGAUGUUUCUAAAACUGCAGCUGAUGACCAGCAGGAAAUGCCAAAGGUCCAGUCCUCACAUUCCCAAGAACAUGCUGGCAGUAGCAUGCAACAUACCAGUUCUGUAUUUCCAUUUAAUACCUCUGAAUAUCGUUUUGAAUGCAUCUGCGGUGAGCUUGGAUUGGCUGACUACAAAGCUCGUGUGCAGUGCCUGAAAUGUUAUCUGUGGCAGCAUGCAGAAUGUGUAAACUACAAAGAGGAGAAUCUGAAGAGCAGGCCCUUCUACUGUCCCCAUUGCCUUGUGGCAAUGAAACCAGUUCCCACAGGAGCAACUCUGAUCAUUUCUCCAAGUUCUAUUUGUCAUCAGUGGGUAGAUGAGAUCAACAGGCAUGUAAGAUCAUCAUCUCUUCGAGUUCUGGUGUACCAAGGCGUGAAGAAGCACGGCUUUCUGCAGCCGCACAUGCUGGCAGAGCAGGAGGUGGUUAUCACCACGUACGACGUCCUGCGCACCGAACUGAACUACAUAGACAUUCCCCACAGCAACAGCGAGGACGGGCGCCGCUUCAGGAACCAGAAGCGCUACAUGGCCAUCCCCAGCCCCUUGGUAGCAGUGGAGUGGUGGAGGAUCUGCCUUGAUGAAGCACAAAUGGUUGAGUGCACUACGGCAAAGGCUGCUGAAAUGGCACUCCGUUUGAGUGGAAUCAAUCGUUGGUGUGUCAGUGGCACUCCUGUGCAGCGAGGGUUAGAAGAUUUGUAUGGAUUGGUCCUUUUUCUUGGAGUUGAUCCUUACUGGGUCAAACAUUGGUGGGACCGACUACUAUAUCGACCUUACUGUAGGAAAAAUCCCCAGCCUCUCUACAGUCUAAUUGCGAAGAUAAUGUGGAGAUCAGCAAAGAAGGAUGUGAUUGACCAAAUUCAAAUCCCCCCUCAGACAGAAAAUAUCCACUGGCUUCACUUCUCUCCUGUGGAGAGACACUUCUAUCAUCGCCAGCACGAGGUGUGCUGCCAGGAUGCAUUGGCAAAACUCAGGAAGAUUUCAGACUGGACUCUUAAGCUUAGCAGCCUCGAUAGAAGGACUGUGACUUCUAUUCUAUACCCUUUACUACGGCUGAGGCAGGCCUGCUGUCACCCACAAGCUGUUCGGGGAGAGUUCUUGCCACUACAGAAAAGCACCAUGACCAUGGAGGAGCUGUUGGCGUCUCUACAAAAGAAAUGUCGAACCGAGUGUGAAGAAGCUCACCGACAGUUGGUGUGUGCUCUUAAUGGCUUAGCUGGUAUCCAUAUCAUUAAAGGAGAAUAUACAUUGGCUGCGGAGCUGUACAGAGAAGUACUAAGAUCAUCUGAAGAGCACAAAGAAAAGCUCAAAACAGAUUCCUUGCAAAGACUUCAUUCUACACAUAAUUUGAUGGAAUUGUUGGCAAAGCACCCAGGAAUUCCCCCAACUUUGCGUGAUAGCCGACUUGCAGAAGAGGCAGAACAACUUCGACAGCAUUAUAUGAGUAAAUCCAAUGCAGAAGUUGCAGAAGCCCAUCAGGCCUUGCAGCCAGUCCUUCAAACCAUUCGGGAACUUCAAAGAAAGAUACAUUCAGGUUCUCCUUGGUGGUUGGAUGUCAUCCAGACAGCAAUACAGUAUGCCAUCGAUGAGGAGCUUGUUCAACGUGUGCAAAAUGAAAUAACCUGCAACUACAAACAGCAGACAAGUAAACUCUCCAUGGCAGAGAAAUUCCGUGACUGCAGAGGCCUUCAAUACCUACUCACAACCCAGCUGGAUGAAGUGAAGAAGUUCCAGAAGAUUGUAAGAGAAGCAGUGAAAAACUUAGAAGGCCCUCCUUCUAAGCAGGUUAUUGAGGCUGCCACUAUCUGCCAUUUGCGACCUGUUAGACUGCCACUUAACAACUGUGUCUUUUGUAAGGCUGAUGAGUUGUUCACAGAAUAUGAGUCGAAGCUCUUUAUGCAUAGUGUUAAAGGCCAAAUGGCAAUAUUUGAGGAGAUGAUAGAAGACCAAGAAGGGAUUGUUGAUGACCGUUUGCCCACCACAAGCAGAGGGCUCUGGGCAACCAGUGAAACUGAGCGUGCCUUGAAGGCUCUUCUCUCCUUUGCCAAAGCUCACCGAAUGGAUGUUAGGCUAACUGAAGAAGGGACUGUAUUCCUGGAACUGUUUGAAGCAUGGAAAAAGGAAUAUAAGUUACUUCAUGAGUACUGGAUGGUCCUUAGGGAUCAUGUGUCUGCUAUUGAUGAGCUGGCAAUGGCAACAGAGCGACUGAGAGUGCGUCACCCCGAUGAGCCAAAACCAAAUCCACCAGUGCUCCACAUCAUAGAACCACAUGAGGUAGAGCAAAAUCGAGUGAAACUUCUGAAUGACAAGGCAGUUGCCAAAUCACAACUUCAAAAGAAAUUAGGACAACUUCUGUACCUCACUAAUCUGGAGAAAUCUCAGGAUAAAACUACUGGAGGAGUUAAUCCGGAACCAUGUCCAAUCUGUGCACGUCAACUGGGAAGACAGUGGGCAGUGCUGACGUGUGGACACUGUUUUUGUAAUGAGUGCAUAGCAAUCAUCAUCCAGCAGUACAGCGUUGGCACCCGCCGGAGCUCAAUUAAAUGUGCCAUUUGCCGGCAGACAACAUCUCAUAAAGAAAUAUCUUAUGUCUUCACUGCAGAAGCUGCAAAUCAGGAGGAUGAUAUUCCUGUAAAGGGAAGUCACUCCACCAAAGUGGAAGCUGUGGUCCGAACACUGAAGAGAAUUCAAUUUAAAGAUCCAGGGGCUAAGUCCUUAGUUUUCUCAACGUGGCAAGAUGUGUUGGAUAUAAUUUCAAAAGCUUUGUAUGACAACAACAUGGUUUUUUCUCAGAUCAAUGGAAUUAGUAAAUUUCAGGAAAACCUGUCUGCAUUUAAAUAUGAUCCCAACAUCAAUAUUUUGCUGCUGCCUCUUCACACUGGUUCCAAUGGACUAAACAUCAUUGAAGCGACGCACGUUCUGCUCGUGGAGCCCAUUCUGAAUCCAGCACAUGAGCUACAGGCUAUUGGCAGAGUACAUCGUAUUGGCCAAACUAAAUCUACGAUUGUUCAUAGAUUCCUGAUAAAAGCAACAAUAGAAGAGAGAAUGCAGACUAUGCUGAAAACUGUAGAUAGAAGCCACACAAGCUCUUCCAUGAAACAGUCAGAAGCCUCAGUGUUGACAGUGGCAGAUUUGGCCGAGCUUUUUACAGAGGAAACUGAAGAACUUGAGUAAAAACCUAGUUUUGACCUAAUGAAAUUGGAAAAUACCUGACCCAGUAAGCACCGGGAUAAAAUCCACUUGAUCUGUCAUUCCUGUACAUAUCGUCUAACAGUUGUCCAUAAGAGCGCAAUUGGAAAUGGAAAAGUCUUAAUUUUUACUGAUUUAUUCUUUGGUGACUUUCAUAGCAGCACACACUUCCGAUGGCACUGGAUAGAAAUUGCACUUUGCACAUUAUACAAAAACAUGGAAUUUUUUUCUCCCAAAGAGCAUUUGAAUUGGAUGCUAAAACUGAGAUCUUGGACCCUUAGUUGAGAGGAUUUUAACCAUAAAGCUUGAUCAGCUAAUAGCUCAAUCUGAGAGCAAAACUAUGCGGGUGGUUGGGUGGGAAAGGGAAGCAGAAAAAUACAAAUCUAAUUUUUUUUAUUGUACAAAGAGUUGUUAGAAUGACUGUAAAUUAAUAUUCUUCUAGAAAAGGCUUGUUAGAUUUAAUGCAGAGAUUAAAUGUCUUAUUGUUAACACUUCAAUUUACAAAUGUUUACUAAUAGUUUGGAUAUUUGUAUUAGGCUUUUAGAUAUUCAUAAAGACUUUUGACAGUUAAAUAUUUCAUUGUUAAUGCUUAUGGCAAAAAGAUGAUAAUUAAAUUAUGCUUUUUGUAUGUGUGUUGGUCUGGUGAUCAGUUAAAGACUUGAACUUGCUGUACGUGUUUUCACUUGAAGCUGUGACUAAGUUAGUGCUCAGUUUGAAAAAAACAAGAAAAGCAUUUGCUACAGAAUUUUCAAAAACUAAUUGGUUACACUGCUGGUCACUUAGUAAUUAUUUGAUGUUUCUGUGCGUUAUCUCACCCUGAUCUUUUUGUCAAGCUCUUCCCCUUAAAGAUGCAGCAAUCUAAAAUAUACAAAAUACGUGAAAUUAUGGUAGGCAGGCUAGUUAUUAGGUGCCUGAUCUAAGUUAGAAAAAGCAUAGAGAGAAAUGGAACUUCUGUGAACUUUCAUCUUUAGAUAUGCAGGAACAGUCUACCCCAUCUUUGUUGGCAGUAGAUAGUUUGGAAGAGAAAUCUAGGCUAACUUGCAGACUGCUGAAGGAAGGCACAAUACUUGUUAAGCCUUUUGGUAUUGGAUAUGGAUGUGCAUUUACAUAAUAGUGAUUUCUGAAGGUAUUACAGACGCAAGCUCAGUUGUGCAGUUGGUGCUAAACACAAUUUUGUGUUUAGCCAGUGGUCAAAUGUGUAUGCAUAAGCAACACGCUACUUCCCUCAGUUUGCAGCAAGAGAAAUGGGACAGGUAGUAGACUCUUCUUUUGAUAAGACAGAUCAAGCAGUUUACACAGAAGCAGUGACAUCUCCAUCCUUAUACAUACUGGGAACUCAAAUAACCCUAAGCAACCUGAUCCACCUUCGAAGCUGGUCCUGCUAUGUGUGGUGUGUUGGACCAGAUGACCUCCAUGGAUCCUUUCCAGCCUAAAUUAUUUUACAGUCUACUGGAGAUCAUGCUGUACAGACACUCCAGGAACUCUGAGGGCAGCAACAUUCCAAUUUCCUCAUCAGCUUCAGAUAAUUUUGAUAUUGUAUGACACAAUGUGACUGCACAAGAAGCUGCUGUUCACUCUGAGAAAUGAUGUAUCUGUGCUAAAAACUGGAAGCACAGAGUGUUUACAUUCAUAGCUCCCAUUUUAAUUAACUAGACGUGGGAAGAAUAGUUGUCAAUGAAUGUAAAGAAAGAAAGGCAAACUGAAAAAUGUCAGCUAUUAGAGGUUUCCCAACCUCUUCAUGUUUUUGACUUGAUGCCUUUUUCAGGCUUACCUAGAAACAGAGGCCAGACAAAGUUAAAAGGAUAAAAGCGGAUAUAUUUAAUGAAAGGGCCUUCAGGUAUAUUAAGGGCAGAUGAAGCCUCCCCAAGGGGCUACACCCAAAAUGGACAAUGGUCACAAGUUUUCCAGACAGAUAUAAGUUGGUCUAUUUGCAUAUCAGGGGGUUAAUAUGGACUUUAGAGUUAGGCACUAAUGCAGUACAGGAUUUGAAAACUAUAAAGGCUAAAAUCUUAAGGCAUCAGGCUUAUUUAUAUAAACAUGGUGGUUUCAUUUUUUGUUUAUAAAUAUGUUACUUUUGAAUUCCUAAUCAAAAGCACAGCUUCUUAUCAAGCACUGCAUGAGUCUUCAGUUUUGGAUUACCUUGUUUUAUACUCAUAUAACAGCAUGGAAUGCCAAAAAAUCAGCUUCUAGGCACACUCAUGACUGCUUGGAGCAACAGCGCCUAGAGCUCUGGAGGUAUUACAUUAAAAUGUGGGCAUGAGUCAUGUUAAAGCACCUCUUGAAAUUGGAGGGUUGAACCAUUGGAGUAUAUAGCCAGUGUCAGUGGUAGAAUGAAUUCUUCAAGUUUUGCAUAACACCAAACACAGAGAUUAAAUUUAAUGCUUUUUUUCCAUUCUUUGUGAUAUUUAAUAUAUUUGACAAAGGUUUUUCUUUCAGACGUCUUAAGUAACUUCUCAUGAAAUUAAUAUUUUUUUGUUUCCUGCUAAGGGUGUAGAUUGUACAUCUGCAAUGCUUUUCUCUUAUCAAAGCACAGUAAGCUUGUUUUCAUGGUGCUGUCAUGGUUUUGGUCUCUAUCAAAACACUUUUGAAAGACAGUAUCUUAGCAGAGAACAAAGUCUGCCCUAUCCUAAGACUUCCAGCAUACUCAUAGGAAUGAGAUUUUCCACAGAAGACAGAAACCUAUAAAUACUGACUGCAGUGUUUGCAUAACAUUUGUGUGGACAUACCAGAGUCAUCUACCAGAUUCUUGUGUGUUCUGCUAAAACAUGUAAAUGUGAUCCAAGUUAACAGUGUUAUUUAUCCAGUGAAGUCAGUCCCUUGAAAAAUGAGGCUUCAGCUGUUUCCAAACACCUCAGUGCUGACUUUGAAUCUUUUUCAUUUCCAUGACAAAGAAUGUUAAAAGUUAUUUUUUUUAAUUAUAGUUGGUGAGGAUUUGGGGCAGGUUUUCUCACUGAAUAUAAAGUUCAGUGCCUUGUAGAACAGAGCUGUCAUUUUGGUAUCUGUAAAAGCUUGAUGCAAAUAAUGAACUUCCUUGAACCACAGAAUAUGAUCAUCUUGGAAACUGAGGUGUAAAACUUCUGGUGUUAAAUUGAGCUCUGUGAAUGUCACUGUGGAUCUUUAAGAGAAUUUUAAAGUUAAGAUUCCCCCUUGCUCUUUAAUCAGCCUGUGCCAGGAACGGGUUUACAUCUGAACCUGUUAAAUAACUUUCUAACAUGCUAAUGUAAGUCCAGGAUAUACUACAAUUUUCAUGCAGGUCAGGUACCACAGAAAAUAUUUUCCUCUGUCUGCUCUUCCAUAUUCAAGUUUCAUGUUAAGGAUUGGACAGAGUUGAUGAUGCUUUUUGUGAGAUAAGCCUUCCAAACCACGUCUGCCAAUGUGUGCAGAUGUAUUUAGAGUUAUGUGUGAGUGGGAUCCUACUGAGAGAAAAAAUAGUUGUGUCUGGUUAAACCCACAAUUAGAUAAAAAUCCUCCUGUAAAAUUCUGUCUGGACUAGUAGCUGGGGACCAGCUAACAGCUAACAGCUCUCUAUCACUGUCUCUCCUGUCCUCUUUUCAUCCAUUUUUGCAGUCCUUAUGACUGCAUUACCUCUUUCAGGAGUCACAAAAUUAUUUGUUCCAUUAAAACUGUGCUUCAGUUAAUUUGGAGGGAAAACGCUCUGUAUUGGUCAAUCUUGCAUUGAUCAGUGUAAUAAAAAAAAAACCUUGAAAUUUAUUCUCUCCCAAGGUAAGCAAUUAGAUCUCCCAAGGUAAGCAAUUCUAAGGAAAACCUAGAAAUCUAGGGGUUUGUCUAGCUGUAAAAAAAGCCUGUUUCUGAAGCUUAAUCUAAAGAAUUACUGCUUAAAAUCUGUAUGCUGUGCUUUUCUCUAGAUUGAAAGGCAGGUUACAAAGCCACUAUGCCUGUGAUUUUUUCCUUCCUUUUUUGAUUGCCUGAAACAAGUGAGAUCUUGACAAGAUUAUAUGCUAUAAAUGUAAAUGAAAUGGACAAGACAUCUGUCUCUCCCUCUGCCUGUGUUUUUCUCUUUCUCUGUGUUGGUCAUAUCCCACCCUCUACCCACCCCCAGCUUACUCAGUUUGUUAGGAAGAAUGUUUGUGUUUGGUCAGUGGAAGUAGAGUAAAAGAGUUAUAAUCCAUAAAGUGGCUACAGUAACACUAGCUUACUGUAUCACAGGAAAAGUAUCUGAGGUAAAGGGAAUUGUAGCCUGGUAUGAAUUCUUUUUUGUACUUACAAUAUUUUCAUUUACCCCUAUUCUUCACCACUGUAGAAUCAGAUACUGAAUUUCAGUCUUAACUUUUAUAUAUCUGGUUUUAUAUCAUACAGCUGACACACAGAAAGGACUCCAGUAAUCUAUUUACUGAGUAAGCAGUGAGGCUUACAAGUUUUUACUUGCCAAGUAUAGUUUGGGAAUUCAGAAAGUGCACCUGAACCGCUGUCACAAAUCACAGUGUAUCCAGUGACUUCUCUUCUUUAGAGAAGGAGGAAGGAGUAGGUAACUACUGAUUCAUGGCAGCGUUGGAUUCAAGUCCCAAGUAGGCACACUGUAUUCUCCAGUCAUACACUGUGUAAAGAGGACAGGUAGAUGAAACUUGUUUUCAAAUGUUGUUAAGGAAUUAAGUCACCUGGCAUAGAUGGCGUGGGGUGUAUAAGUACUAGAAUAAUUCUUAGACAAUUGCAUUGUGAUAUAGCUGUAAACCUCUGCUUUGCUUUUCUUGUAUGUACAAGACAUUGGGCUAACUUCCAAGUUCCUUUGUUUUGUGUAUUUAUAGAGCUUACACAUGCAAGUGCCCGGCCCCAUUCAAUGAAAUGGACACAAACCAAAUUUUAUCAGUUGAGGAACAGGUGUCAUUGUUUCCAUGAUAUAACAUCUCUUGGUUUGAUAGCAACCUUCACAUUGGGUAGAAACUACCUUUCUAAAUUCUACUAAGUGUAAGGUCUGACUGCUUAUAGGGUGUCUCAAAAUGCAAAUUGUUGGUGUAAGCUGGCUUUCAUAGUUGUGGAGAGUUUUAUGCUGCUUUUCCUUCUAUCCUGUGAGCACAAAUGAGCUAAUGGGAUUCAUACUAUCUUGCUAAGAAUUGUUGCUUUAUGCUAGCAGAUGAUCUUCAUUUGUCAGGCUUUCUCUUGACUAUGUCAUUUGUUUAAGGAAGAAAAUCUAGACUGCCUUUCUUGUUACCUUGAUGGAAUUUUGCCUUGUCACUGUUGGAGUCUCCUGAGAGUGUGAGAACAGUGACUUUCCAUUUGUGAAUGCUGAAAUUGUAAGGGACUAGCUGUACUGGCUGAAUGUUCACAAGUCCAUGGGGCCUGAUGGGAUUCAUCCCAGCUUUCUGAAGGAGCUGGUGUAUGGUAUGGAAGAACUCCUCUUGAUCAUCCUACCAAAGGUCUGGGAAAGGUCCCUGCUGACUGGAAGUCAGCUAAUGUUGCAGUUUACAAGAAGGACAUGAACAAAGACACAGGAAACUACAGACUUCUAGUCUAACCUCAAUUAUAUUUAUUAUAGCAAGUAUUAUUGAAAUGUGUUGUUUCUCUUCUAGCCUUCUACGAAAUCUUAGUGCAGCAAUGUAGGAGUUGUGGACAUGAUUACACCAUUAACUUACACCUUAACUGCUGUCCCAAUUGUUAGAUCUUGUAAGCAGAUCUGGUUAGAAGACAUUUUAUCCUACAGUAGAAAGCCCAGAGCACUUCACCACCAGCCAGAAAAAGAGAUGGAGGGGCUAUCUCUGAGACCAGGUGAUCCAUUCAUAUCUACUGCUGUUGUACAUGCUGAAGUAGAGGUAGAAUCUGUACUAGAUGGAGUUGGAGGGAAUGGGAAGAGGUUGUGGGGGGGAGAAAUGAGGAAUAGUUGUAAAAUGUUCCUCUGGGUGCCCUUCUGCUGAAUUUUCUGUGGGUGGAAUGAGUCAUUGAUACAAGCAAUGAAUAAACAAAGGGUGAAAGAUUGCAAGUAGAGCCUAUUCAUUGGAGUUAAAUGUUCAUCUAAAUGCAGUGGCACAUUUUUGUGUUCCAGAUUUGAGAUAUUUGUCACUUUCUUACUGCAAGUUUUUGGGCUGUGAACACACAGGGCUUUGCAGUGGUUGAACAAAUGGGAAUACCGUAAAGUUUUAGCCCCUGGGGUACAUGUUUUGAUGUGCACCUAUGUCAUAGGAUUCCCUAGUCAAAUGUAUGCUGUGGACUUUUGAAUGAUAAUGGUUCAAACUUGUAGUAUAUACUCUUACAGAUUAACCUUGAACCAAACAGGCAAGUGUUGCUUAAUAGAGGCAAGGUAAUUGAUCGCUUCUGCUGUAAAUUAGCAAGUGUCUCUGAAGGGGCAAGACUGUACUUUGUAGUUGCCACUUGGGAAAUUCUGCACCUUGUGAACGCCUGCAGUGGGAAUGAAAGGCAGUAAGCCCAGCCCAGUCGUCUUGUGCAGGAAAACAAGUGCUGAGAAAUCUUGCCAAAGGUUUAAGCCAGCUGCAUCAAAUGAGGGACAUGCCAUGGAUAUUUCUGGGGAAUCUCUCCUUUUGUGUUCUGUAAUGUUCAAAUAUCUUGUAAGCAUAGAUUUUCUGUAAAGUUUAUAGAAUUUUUAACAUAUGCUUCCUUCAUCAACAAGCUACCACUGCUCAUUAGGACUUUUCUUUUUUCCCUGUGGAGCAUGUAUUUCUUUUCUGCUACUUGUGCUUAACAAAGGUGAGUGACCCUGAAUCAUUUACAGCUCUCAUUAAAAGCCUCUAGAAUACAAUUAGAGGAUAUGAAACACCAAAGGGCGAGAAAAAGCAAAUGAAGUGAGGGAAGUUUUACUUCUUCUUACUUACAGCUGCUGCUGCUGCUGUAACGCAGAAGACAAAUGUGAGAGUGGGGGAAUGGUAGAGAGGGGCAUCCAGCCCUGUCCUGGAGGAUUUGAUUCUAAAGUAGAGAGAAAAGGUUUUCUGAGUAGUGUUAAAGUUUUCACUCACUUGCACUUUAGGAAUGCUGUUGUUAGGCACAGGACAUCGUUUGGCCAUUUUUUGGGGCCCUUGAUUCUAUGGACAGGUUUUAAAGUCCAAAGCCACAACCUUGGACCUAAAUCUAUAAUUACACACAUUUCGAUUGAAAAUGUUUUCUUUCUUAUAACUGCAUAUUACCCGAUACUUUGCCAGGAAUUUGCAAGCAAUUUCAUGUCCUGUAAUUUAAUUGUUCAAGUAACAGAACACUGAAACUAAUCGGCUUUUGCAACAGCAAGUUAGUGACUUCUAGAAACUAACACACAAGAGAGAAAAGAGCAGUGUUCAAUUAUGUUCCAAAACUGAAAUUCCUGGAUGAUAAACCAAGGAAAGAGUAUUUUGAUUACCUCUGUGUUUCCUUGCUUUAUAUAGCUAUUGUAAUUUCAAUGAAAUAGUUUAUUUAGAAAGUAGCAAUGCUUAAUUUUUAUUUGGAAAUUAUCAGGUGUGGAUAAAUAUAUAACGUUAUGUUCUCUUGGUCUCUGAGUAACUUAACAUUCCCAUCAAUAGCCUUUCUUUUGCACUCAGAGUUUGCUCUCAAAAUUGCAUCAUAGUGUCUCUUGAGCUUUGCAGCUAUUUCAAACCCUUUGUGAACAUAAAUUUUUGUCUUAAAUUAUCCUGCUACUGAAAUAAUACUGACUGAUGUAUUCAUUACCUUUUCUUUCCAUCUUCCUGGUUUGUGGAAAAAUAGGUGGUACCCCUUCUGAGAGACACUGUUUAAUCAUUUGUGUUCCUGUUCCUCAGUAUGUAACUGAAUUAUCUGAUAGAUGUUACCUGUUAAAUAGUAUCGAUUGAUAGGAAUGCUCUGCAUGUGUAAAUAAUUGUUAUUCAAAACUGCGAUUACAAUAUGUGUACAAGCAUGGGGGGUCCAUAAUUAUUCUUUCCAAGGUGGUUGGUUGAUGCUGGCCCCAAAACUGCUGACUUCUGGAAACAACUUACUCUUCCCUAGAGCAGUUCUUCAUUGCAGUCUCCUGCUCCAUGGAGCCCCAGCCUGUGACAUCGCCUCGAUAAAGUUAUUUGUUGGAUCA